AUGCUGUUUUUAGAACUUUCAUUAUCAUUAGAAGCCGAUAGACUGAAUACAACAUCUGUUUUUGAUGAUUGCCCAAUCUUAAUAAGAAGGGAUAAAAAUGAAAAGAUUCGAAUCAUAGAACUUAAGAAAAAUGAAUCAAUUUGCAUACAAGGAAGUUAUAUAAUUGGCAGUAACUCUACGAUCUAUAUGCAAGGAGCCUUCCAAGAACAAAAUGAAGAUGGAAAUUGGAGUUGGAAGUUAUCCUCAGUUAUUAAGGACCCUUUUACACUCUUGGGAUCAUAUGAUAGCGAAUUAAAUGAUUACUUUGAUCCAAUUGGAAAAUUAACUUGUGAUGAUGAGGAAAGUUGUCAAAUCAAGAUACUUGAAGUAUAUCCAUCAUAUAACUACACAAAAGUAAAGGUAGAUCCUGACGGUGUUGUUACAAAAAUUACUAGAAUUAGAAGAAAUAUCUUUAAUUUAAAGAAUAAUGCAUCAACAAAGUUAAUUGCUAGAAAGACGCAUACAAAAUUAAAUGAAAUGCUAUUUGAAGAUGUAAUUGAAACAUCUUCUGUUGUUUUCGCAUUCUAUCAGACGAGUAAGGCUUUUCAGAUAACAACCAAUGGAUCUAACAUAGAUUAUGAUAAACUAAAUGAUGCUAAUGAGUCAAAUUACGUCGAAUUUUCACUUAAUCUCACUGAAGAAGAAGAAUCACAAGAAGAAUUUAAUAAAUCAGCUACAAUCACUUGUAUAGACAGCGAAUUAAUUGAAGAUGAUUCAAAUAAAACAACAUUCCUGUUUCCUUUAAUUAGUGGAGAAUUAUCAGCUUCUGCAGGUGUUUAUACAGUUGAAUCAUUAACUAAAUCAAAUGAUAAGCUCCCUAACUGGGCAAUUGCAUUGAUAUCAACUGGCUGCACGAUAUUUGCAAUUGUUAUUGUUCUUUCUGUUUAUUCAUUUGCUCGUAGAAGGAAGAAUCAGAACCAAUCAUCAACACCAUCAGGAGUUCAAGUAUUUGACCAUGCAAACGAUCCAAGAGACGACUCUAUUCAAGAAUAUCUUUGA